CUAUAAUCUCAAAGUUCUGUAGUAGUAGUGCAUGAGCUUCAAUCAUGGACCCCAGAAUCUCCUUCUCCUAUGAUUUUGUGGUUUCCCAGCAGGCAAUCAAGCAUGAAAAUAUAUACACAGAAGAUCCUGUCUCUUCAGAUUUUGAAUUCUCUGUGAAGAACAAUUCUAUGAUAUCAGCAGAUGAAGCUUUUUUCCAGGGCAUGCUGUUGCCUCUGAAGAGUAGUGACUGCUCCAAGAAGGUGACUUUGAGGGAUGAGUUGCUUGCUAACGAUGACUAUGAAGAGGAGUUACCAAGAUUACCAAAGAGUUCAAGUCGGUGGAAGGAGCGAUUAGGCCUCAGGAGGGUUUCAUCUAAGAAAGAUAAGAACAAGAAUGACGGGUUUCAGCAGAGAGUUGGUAAUGAAAAAGGGUUUACUUCGGGACAAGGAGACAAGACUGUUAGCUAAGACAAAAUGGAAAUGUUUUAUGAAGGUGGUGUAACUUGUAGGAGCACAUAGAAGAAGCAUUCAUUUCUCAAAGGAUGGGAUGACAUUACUAAUAUCUAAAGACAUGAAUUGCAAGAAUUUUGGUCUGACUUCCUUCUCAACCCUUUUAAAUUUAACCUAAGUUAUGUGCCCCACCUAUGUAGUAGAAAGAAAGUAGUAAGCAUUUUAAUCUUUGUACAAAAAUUGCAGUUGAAGAACUUCCAUGUGUCAAUGAGUAUUUUUCUUUGUGUAGUACAUUAGUAGAAGUGGCUUUUGUUUGAUAGAAAGUGACUUGCUAGUUGUUAUUAGUACCAGUACGUAA